GUAGAGGAGGAACUUAACAAAACUGCUCUCUCUCUCUUCUCACUCUGUGAAUGAGUUUAUGUCAGGGCAGCCAGUCCUGCUCAUGGCGCGUGUGUGAGAGAGAGAGAGAGAGAGAGAGAGAGAGAGAUCUCCAGUGUGUUUGGUCUAUAACAAGGCUACAUAUUGAUGCGAGCGAGACAGCACGUUUUGUUACGUCUUUGAGGGUUUCAGUGGAGGCCAAUGUGAGAGGUGGCGAUACUCAGGGUUGGCAGGAUUUCAUCCAGUCGGAGGUACAAUGUCGUCUUAUAAUGUCAAACUGAGAAGAGGCGGAAUCGACUAUGACACACAGAUUAAAGAGGUACGCAAUCAGCUCUCUGAGCAGCUGCGUGUGUUUGAUAAUCAUUUGGAGCAGAAAUCGCAGGUACUGCAGGAUCUGAGUGAUUAUCUGCGCAGACGUGGCGAGAUCGAGGGCGAGUAUGCACGCUCUCUGGACAAACUGGCAGACAGGUUUACCUCAAAGACCAAAAAGAGGGAGUCCAGCAGUGAGUCUGUGUUGAAAUGUUGGCAGGAAUUGUUGAUCCAGACACGCCAUGAGAGUAAAGAUCACAUCUCACUAAGUGAGAGCUGUGGCACUACCUUACCACAGCAGCUCUCUCGCUGUCUCGAGCUUGUUCAGCGCCUGGCAAAAAAAAGUAAAGAUAUAAGUACCCAGUUACAAGAUGGACUGCUGAAGGUCACAGCUGAGCUCCAGACCACGCUGAAGACAUAUUCGCUGUAUCACACUGAGUACUUGUCGGCUGAGGGCAAACUUAAAGAAGCCACCAAACAGGAAGAGAAACAGAAACAAAGUGCAGCCAAGAAAAUGGAAAGACUCAUCGAAAAGAGGCAGUGUAAAGUACAGGAGACCCAGCUAAAGUGCACCAAAGCACGCAAUGACUAUCUGUUCAACCUGGAAGCGACAAACGCUUCCAUGCACAAAUAUUACGUACAGGAUCUCUCUUCCCUGAUUGAUUUCAGCGACCUGGGUUUCCAUCAGUCCCUGUCCCAAGUGCUUCAGUUUUACCUGUCCAGCCGCUCACAGGCCCACCAGAACCUGGGCUCUGGAUUGCAGCAGAUUGGCCUCGCGCUUUCCGUUUUGGAUCAGAAGCAGGACAGAGACACAUUGAUACAGGCUCAUGACGCGGCUUUCUGCAUGCCUCUUCGGUUACAGUACCAGCCUCAUGAGGGUGAUCAGGUGUAUGAAGUGAGCGCUGAUUUUGAUGUAAAGACUGAGCUUGAUACUCGAUUUCACCAGCUGCAGACCAGACUUUACACGGUUACAAAUGAAAACGAAGAGUUGAAUAAAAUGCUGCAGGUUUCUCAGUCUGCUCUGCUCGAAAACAUCAAUGAGGAUAUCUUCAGGUCUGAACAUAAUACCAGCCAAUCUUUGGAGAACAUAUAUGAAACAUCGACCAGUAAGCCGAAUCAAGGAAAACGUAGAUCCAAUUUGCAAGAGGCAGAAAGCUCGUACUCUACGAAAUUUAAGGACUAUCUUAUUAAUGGCUUAUUAAUAUCAAAACUACAAGCAAAGCAUGAUCUACUCCAAGUUGCUAUGCAGAAGGCUAGUACUGUGGAUGGUCGGCAUCACAGAAUGCGUUCCAAGAGGUCUGUUCGCCAGAGGAAGAACCUGAAUGCCUCUCAGACCAGCCAGAAGGCCUUCUCUCAUGACAUGCUCUCUUACAUCCAGGCAUUUGAAGAACCCAUUCCUUUGGUGGUAGAAAGCUGCAUCAGAUUCAUCAACCUUCAUGGCCUGCACCAUGAGGGUAUCUUCCGAGUCCCGGGUUCUCAGCUGGAGGUCAAUCGGCUCAGAGACCUCUUUGAGAAAGGGGAUGACCCCUUGGCUGAUGAAGUUUGUGCCUUGGACUCAGUGGCUGGUGUGCUGAAGCUCUAUUUCAGAGGAAUGGAAAACCCUCUCUUUCCUAAAGACAGCUAUGAGCAGCUGAUGGAGUGCGGACGAAUCGAGGAUGAAUCAGAGAAAGUUGCACAGUUAAAGUCAGUUAUUCUCUCCUACCCGCAACCACUAGUUGUGGUGAUGAGAUACUUGUUUGCGUUCCUCCACCAUAUCUCCCAGUACAGCGAUGAAAACAUGAUGCAGCCCUACAACCUGGCUGUGUGUUUCGGACCCAGUCUGAUCAGAGGACCUGAAGAUAUAGAUGCCGUUACUCUUCAGUACAUCAAUGCUCUUGUCAAAACAAUCAUUAUCCACCAUGAGAGCAUCUUCCCCGGCCAGAACGAAUUAGAGGGACCUGUCUAUGAGACGUGCAUGACACUGGAGCAAGAUGACAUUGAAGCUAACACAGAGGAGUUAGAGGUGGAACAAGACAUUUCUCCAAACAAGGAAGUUAAAGACGAAAUGGAAGGAGUCGCCUUGUUCGACUACACAGCCCGUUCCCCAACUGAGCUGUCCUUUAAACAGGGUGUGCGUCUCCGGGUUUAUAGCAGAGCAUCAUCUGACUGGUGGAGAGGAGAAAUAGACGGUUUAAAGGGGCUUAUACCGAAUAAAUACAUCAGUGUGCCAAGUAUGGAGGGAAGACAAGACCACAAAGAAAGAUGCAACAGUGGAAGUCAGGCAGAUGACCAGCCACCCGGGUCGACUCAAACACGGAUCAAAGUGUUCAGCGAGAAGGCGGGGUUCAGUUCCAGUCAAGCUCUGGCAGGGAAGAUUUCCUUACAAUUACCCACAGUUCAACUGUCAAACACUUCUCCGAGGGCUUUGCGAAAAACAGAGACACAGAUGAGAAGCGAAAAAGAGGAGGUCAAAAUCCUGGUGGACAAGGAGGUGUGUCAGCAGAUGAACUCUGUCUUCAAGGAGCUUCUUGUUCGACAACAGGAGCAAGUCACUUCAUCUUCUGUCCCACCUUCCACUCUUUCCCAUUCCUCUGGAUCCCCGCAAAGCUUUAACAAGAAAGGAGUGACACAGAAGGGAAAAGGCAGUUUGAAACUAGCUGAACUAAGAAAUGAGGGGAAUUAAUUCUAAAAAACACUGAGACAGCAGAGAACACAAGAGUACACAAAAGGUCUGUUACUGAAUGCAAAAAAGAGAACAUAAAUAUGUGUUCCUCUAAUGAUAUGUUGAGUUGUGGUCUGAUUAGUUCCUCAUCAUAUUUAUUUUUUAAACCUUUGGUGAAUGCUGUGAAGAAGUUUUCCCGGAUUAUUCUCUAAUCAUGUUACAUGACAUUAGCACUGCUGGAACUUCCUUAUUUAUGAUUGUCCUCCUUAAAGCUUCAGUGACCAAAUUCAGUUUAAUCAGCUUAAGUAGUAAUUUAUUUCCAAUGGCUAUUUAUUCUCCAAAUUGUGCAAAACAGUCUACAAAUGUUUGUUGUUUUACAAUAAAAGU